UCCCAGAUCCCCCCACCGUCGCGAGAGGCAAGACAAGCCCCUCUUCCUUACUCAAUCCCAAUUCCCAAGCCCCCACGCGAUCCGGCCAUGGCCAGACCCCUCCUCCCCCUCCUCCUCCUCCUCGCCGCCCUCGCCGCAGCCGCCGCCUUCGCCGUCCCCGCCCGCGCGGCGCUGGGCGGGGGUGGCGGCGGCACCGGCCCGCGGGUGGGCGGGUGGAGCGCGAUCCCGGACGUGAGCGACCCGCGCAUCCAGGAGCUCGGCGAGUGGGCGCUGGGGCAGGCGAAGCGGGCGCGGCUGGCCGGCGAGGGGCUGCGGUUCCGCCGCGUGGUGCGCGGGGAGCAGCAGGUGGUGGCCGGGAUGAACUACCGCCUCUACGUCGACGCCGCGGACGCCGCGGGGCGGAGCGCGCCCUACGUCGCCGUCGUGUACGAGCAGGGCUGGACCAGCACCCGCGAGCUCGCCUCCUUCAACAAGGCGCCCCGCGCGCACUGAAUCACCCGUCCCGUAUCGGCGGCCGGCGUCAGUGCCCUCUCCUCUCCAUCUGCGAGUGUAUCCUGCUAGUAUAUGCUGCGACCUGCGAGUGAGUGAGUACUGCGUUUUACUACUAGUACUAGUUGUUGUUUUGGGGAUUAAUCUGCGACCCAGCCAUGUGGAUGAGCAUGCGCGUAAACGUAAUCGAUCGAGGCUUGUACGUGCUAGAACUACAACUGCUGGACUGUACUCCCCAUAAUGAUGUAAUCAAGGGUUUGUGCCUGUGUUGGCUCCUGUGUUAAUGGAGUUGUUGUCGUAUGGAUGGUGUUCGUCUGUA